AUGAGGUGAACCUGCUGGACAAAAUCACUCUGCAUGCCCGGGACCUCAGCAAUGUUUCCUUUGGCUAUGACCACAGCAAGUGCAGGAUCCUGGAGAUCGGGCAGUAUGCAACCCUCAACAUGCCCACCAGGGAGGCCUUUGGGGACAGGUUUGCAGACGAGCUGAGCGUGCUGCUGAAGCUCAGGUACUCCCUGAAGGAGGACACCAGCCUGGUGACCAUCCUGAGCCACCGCAGCCGCGUGCUCUUCCAGAUCAGGGUUAACCCCUACGCCCUGGUCUUUGUCACCACGAGGAGAAGACAUUAUGAGUUCCCAGUGUCCUUCCUGGGCGAUGGGCACUGGCACCAGGUGGCUCUCAGCAUCUCCCUGGAGAGGCUGGAGCUGCACGUGGACUGUCGGCUGGUGGACAGAGUCAGCUGGUCCAACCACUUUGGGAUGGGAGUGAACACUGAGGGGCUGAUCAUCAUUGGAGGCCUCAUCGAGUCCUUCGAGAUCCCCUUUAAGGGUGCUCUCCAACAGCUCACCUUCGUGAUGGGGGACCCAGCAGCAGCUGCUGAGCAGUGCCACAGCUACAACUCGACCUGCCCAGGCUCCUUCAGCCUCCACAGGAUCCCAUGGGAGCUCCCAGCAGCCUGGCCACAGGUGCCAAAGGAAACCAAUGAAAUCCAGGAUUCAUCUACUCAGGACUCCAGGCUCACCAGUUCAGAUUUGGCCCCAGGGCCACCUUGGCCAUGGGAGGACACCCAGGGCACCCUCAACCUCCAGCCUGAUGGGAGUGCCCUGGCUUCCCUCUCUGCUCACGAGAUUCCAUCAGCUGAGGAGGAGGAAGAGGAGGAGGGCAGCCUUUCCAUCGAGGAUGAAGGCUUUGAGCUGCUGAACUCCACCUACAAUAAAAUCACUGGCCCCGGCAGGCCGGCGCUCAGGAGAACCUCAGGAGCCUCCAUCAAGCCCCCUCGAGCAGCCAAGAAGGACCAUGGCUCAGACCAGGAGGAGAACAUCACCACGGAGAAGCUGUCGGGGGACGCGGGCACACGGCGGCUCCUGCCCAGCAAACCCUUCCCCAAGGAGUCCCCCCCUGCUCAUCGGGGGGCUGCUCCCAAAGGAAACGUCCCCAAAGGUCCCCUCAAGGCAGGGGCAGGGCUGGGUGGCCCGAAGGCUCCUCCUGGAGCGGGACAUCCUGGAUUGUGGGUGGCACAGCAGGGCUGUGUGGUGAAACCGGGACCACCGGGGCUGCCGGGACCGCCAGGGCUGCCGUACCCGGGGGCCAUGGGCAGGAUGGGCCCCCCCGGUGACCCUGGCCCUGCUGGCACCCCCGGUGUCCCCAGCAUCGUCCUCUGGAGGAACUCCAGGGAGGACUGGCAGUCGUUCAUGCAAUCAUCAUUUUACCAACUCCUGCAUGCGGGCUGGCCGAGAAAACCUGGAGCUCCUGGCCCCCCAGGCCAUCCUGGGAAAACAGGAGCGCCUGGACCUUGCGGAGCACCGGGAGAGCCGGGGGACAAAGGCCAGCGGGGGUACCCGGGGGAGCCUGGGCUGCAGGGCUUGCCAGGACGUGUGGGAUACCCUGGCUCUGAUGGCUUCCCUGGCUUGGAUGGCAAACCUGGGCCCUGGGGGCUGCCAGGGGAGCAGGGCCUCCAGGGCUUCCAGGGUGACCGAGGGCUGGCAGGGGACAAGGGAGAAGAGGGUUUCCUGGGAGACCCUGGACCAGCUGGGGACAAAGGAGAGAAGGGAGUGAAGGGGGUGAAGGGAGAGAAUGGGCUGCCAGGUCCUGCAGGGCUUCAGGGGCUGGUAGGGCUGAAGGGUGCCAUGGGCUUGCAGGGCCCUGCAGGGCCAGAGGGGGAAGAUGGCUCAGUAGGUGCUCCAGGCCCUGCUGGUCCCAUGGGAGAGCCUGGCCAGCCGGGACCCGUGGGGUGCAGAGGCAUCAAUGGCUCUCAGGGGGAAUUGGGCCCUCCUGGGAUGGCCGGGCCCCGCGGCCCCAAGGGUUUUCUUGGCCUGCCAGGUGCAAAAGGCACCCAAGGAGAGCAGGGCUGCCGAGGUCCCGGUGGAGCCAAGGGAGAUUUGGGAGCCAAAGGAGGCAAGGGCCCACGAGGAGCACAAGGAGCAAAAGGCCCUCCAGGAACCCGGGGCCAGGGGGGCUUGCAGGGCUUCCCUGGCCCCCGAGGGGCUGCAGGGCCACGGGGACCAGACGGGGAAGAAGGUCAGAUUGGCCCUGCAGGGCUCAACAGCAGCGAGGGCCCCAAGGGAUGCCAAGGACCUGAUGGCCCCAAGGGAGCCCUAGGAGCACGGGGAGCCCGGGGCCGUGUGGGGCAGCGUGGGCUGGUUGGAGUGCCUGGACUGCCUGGCUCGCGGGGCGCGCCGGGAGCGGAGGGCGCAGAAGGAAAGCCUGGUACACAGGGCCCCCCAGGGAUCGUGGGCAGCCCAGGCAGGAGGGGACCUCUGGGAUUUGCUGGUUUGCCAGGAGGCCGUGGGCAUGCUGGAACUCCUGGACCCAUAGGCUCUCCAGGAAAGCCUGGACCUGAUGGAGACACGGGCUGCUUGGGCCCAAAGGGGCUGCCUGGGAAGCCGGGCUUGGAGGGGCCACAAGGACCUGUGGGCACCUAUGGCUACCCAGGAGCUGCUGGAGACCGUGGGAGGUUGGGACGCAGAGGAGACAAGGGAGAAAGGGGAGCUCAGGGUCCACCAGGAUUUCCAGGAAAAGCUGGUCCAAAGGCCCUGCCAGGUCCUCCUGGUCCUCGUGGUGCUCCAGGCUCCCAGGGCAGAACAGGUGACCCAGGUCCUCGAGGGCUCCCAGGGCUGCCUGGUGUUCCUGGCACAAGAGGGCUGGAUGGCGUGUCCGGGAAGGCUGGUGCAGGUGGAGAAAGGGGCGCUCCUGGAGCACCUGGAGCUGCUGGCCCGCCUGGCUACCCGGGCCAGGAAGGUCCGAAUGGACGUGAAGGACCUGCAGGGAUGAGAGGAGACAAGGGCGAGGUGGGAGAUGCCGGGGCAGCCGGAGUCCGCGGGCUGGAUGGGGAGCAGGGACCACCAGGACCACCAGGAGCAGAGGGUCAGCUGGGACCCAAGGGUGAGCAGGGAGAGGCAGGAACCCGUGGAGCUCCAGGCAUCAGAGGGAGUCCUGGGGAGCCAGGGGACGAGGGGACAGAGGGGCCACCAGGACGGCCUGGGAAGCAAGGCAAGGAGGGUGACACUGGUGACACUGGAGACCCGGGCGAGCCAGGACUGCGGGGACGGAAGGGCAAUACUGGCCCCAGGGGCCCUCCUGGGAUUGCUGGUCCAGGAGCUGCCACAGGUGAAACUGGAGGCAAAGGGCAGAAGGGAGAGAAGGGCAGAGAAGGUUUACUGGGCCAGGGCGGGGUCACCGGAGCUGCAGGACCUGCCGGAGCCAGAGGAUGGUUUGGGGGGACAGGACUCCAAGGUCCUCCUGGGCUCGACGGUCCCGAGGGAGAGAAGGGAGAUCCAGGGCCACGAGGUGUGGAUGGACCAGCUGGGGCUGCAGGAUUUGAGGGACAGGCUGGAGAUGAUGGAGCAAAGGGAGAUGGUGGCAAGCCUGGCCCAGUGGGCUCACAGGGCGCUCGGGGCCUGGCAGGUGCCCCUGGGCUCCGGGGCUACGCCGGGCACGAGGGAGCCAGAGGAGUGCUGGGCACCAAGGGCCAGCCAGGCCGGCAGGGGACUCUCGGGCCACCGGGUGAAGCUGGAGCCACCGGGCUGAGCGGCACUGAGGGCCUGGUAGGUGCAAAAGGGGAGCCAGGAGAGCCAGGAAAGCCAGGACAAAUGGGGGCUCCUGGACAAGCUGGCCCUAAAGGACGGAAAGGCUGCAAAGGAGAUAAGGGCGAUGCUGGCCAGGAAGGGGACAGAGGGGUCCCAGGAGAAGCUGGCAGACGGGGCAAGCGAGGCAAGAUGGGCCAGCAGCCCCCACGGGGUCCCUGGGGACACAAGGGCUACCCAGGUGACAAAGGACUUCCAGGACCCCAAGGCCCCCAGGGACUCUAUGGCAUCCCGGGGCUGAAGGGCAUCAAAGGAGAACCUGGACCAAAAGGACACAAGGGUGAGAAGGGCAGCAGAGGUGACCUGGGCCAGCAAGGGGAUGAUGGCUUCAAGGGCAAGCCAGGACCCCACGGUGUCCCUGGAAGGCCAGGACCCAAGGGAAGGCAGGGUGACACUGGCCCCCCUGGCCCACAGGGACAGCCUGGAAUUCCUGGGACACCGGGCUUGUCUGGACCCAAAGGGCUGAGAGGCUUCCCAGGCCUGCCAGGCCCCAGGGGCACCCCAGGGAUGCCGGGUGUGGCUGGCCCCCCUGGUCCCAGCGGGCCUGCAGUGAUGCUGUCCCAGGAGGAGCUGCAGCACCUCAUUUAUUCCUCCAACCACCUGAAUUACACCCUGGUCUGGGCUCUGCUGGACACCCUGAGCCGGGAGCUCCAAGCCCUCGUGGAGCAUCCCAAUGGCACCAAAACCCACCCAGCCACCACCUGCAAGGAGCUGCUGCUGGCUCACCCCGGCCUGCCCGAUGGGCAAUACUACAUCGACCCCAACCAGGGCAGCCCCCAGGAUGCACUGAGAGCCUUCUGCAACUUCACAGCUGGGGGGGAGACCUGCAUUGCCCCCGUGCAAAACCAGAUCCCCAUCAAGGCCUGGCUGAGCACCUACAGCUCUGAGAACACCUUUGAGUGGUUCAGCACCCUGCCUGGGGGCUUCCUGCUGGACAACGAGUCCUCCAUCGCCGACACCAUCUUCCAGUUCAGCACGGAGGAGCUGUGGCUGCUGCCCCUGCGGGACCUGGCUGUGUUCCACAACGGCGACGCCUCGCACCAGUUUGGUUUCACAGUCGGACCAGUUUGCUUCAGCUGAAAGUGGUGCCACCCAAACUGAGCCAGCCCGUUGUGUCCCCACCCAAGAGCCAUCCCAGUGGGGACAAACAGAGCUGGAGGUGGCACAGGGCUCCCAGCUGCUCCACAGAGCUGCUGUGUUUGGAGCUGUGUUAUGGCCUGGACUCCAUUUCCUUCUGGAGUAGAGGAAUAUUGUUUACAGAAGUCAUUUCUCUAUAAAUUAUAAAUAUAUUAUAUAUGUAUAUAUUAUA